ACUGACCAUCCCAGCAGAAGACCAGUGGACUUAAGCUUCACUUACCCACCCUGUGAAUAAACUACAUAUCAAGGAGAAGAAUGGGACUGCACAGCGUUGAGGAACUGGUGUCCGGGAAGAGGUCAGAGGGCAAAGAGGCGGACGACUUCCAAGGUGGCGUCUACGAGGCGGCUGUCAAUCAAGAGAAGCAGGAUGACCGCAGGUCCCACAGGGAGCGGGGGGGCAGAGGUCUGUCAGAGGAGGAGAGGAGCGACUGUGGCGGCCAACAGGAGCAAGUCAGCGUUGCAGCUCUCAACACGGAUAGAAGCGGCCGGCUGAAGCUGGAGACGGUGGAUGACCUGUUCAACAUCCUGCAACUGAUGAAGCAGAGGAGGGAGAGAAAGGUUCCCGUCCAUAAGAAAAAGCAGCCAGAGCCGGAGAGAGUGCCGGAGACUGUGGACGAUCAGCUGUUCCUGACGGCCGCCAUGGAGAACAAGCUGCCGGUGGUGGAGAAGUACCUGGCUGAUGGAGGAUGCCCCAAUGCAGCCGACAACUUCAAGAGAACCGCGCUGCACAAAGCCUCAUUCAAAGGGCACGUGGAGGUCAUGAAAAGACUCCUGGAGGCCGGAGCGUCCAUCCAGAAAAAGGACAAGCUGGACGCCACGGCAGUCCACUGGGCCUGCAGAGGAGGCAGCCUGCCGGCCCUGCAGCUCCUCCUCGACCAGGGAGCCAAGUUCACCGACAGAGACAAGUUGCACAGCACUCCUCUUCACGUGGCCGUGCGGACGGGACACUGCGAGUGCGCCGAGCAUCUCAUCCAAUGUGGAGCAGACGUCAACGCCAAAGACAGAGAUGGAGACACGCCCAUGCACGAUGCUGUGAGAAUAAACAGAUUCAAGAUGAUCAAGCUGUUGAUGAUGUACGGGGCCGGUCUCAACACCAAGAACUGUGACGGUAAAACUCCCCUGGAGACACUGAAUUCGUGGCAGAACGGAGCCAAGAGCCUCCUGUGCAACUUCAGCCAGUAGAAGUCAACACAUUCCACCAAGAGCAGGAUUUCAACAUGCGACUCAGUCUCAGGAUAUGUUGGUUGGGCUUGACAGGGAAACAUUUAAAGUCCAUUCUGGUAUAUUUCCACACAAAAACGGGUCUAUCCAGUGAGGCUGCGAGUGUGCGGUUGAAUCAUAUUCGAGCAGUGCCACGCGUUCAGGCAUACGCCGAGGCCCUCAGGACGUCACCGCAUUAUUAUCUGAAGUUAGUAAAACUAAUGGGAAAUAUCUCAACUAAGUCCCUACUUACUGCUCAUCGUACAGCCACUCGGGCAGCAGGAACCUGAAGAACAAUGUGAAGUGUAACCAGGUGGUUAAUAAUGUGAUGAUUAGCAGCGAUCGAUGAACUGUUUGCCACAUAUUGCUGGACAAUGUCUCGGCUGUGAAGAUGUGUUCUUCUUCUUUUCUAAAUGUUCACUUUAAGCUGAGUUGAAGUCGGCGACGCUGCAAUGAGAAGAUGAUGUAUUUAUUAUUGAUUAAUGACAACUGAGCGAUCAACAACAACCAAGUGACUGUCUAGAGUUGUAGUGUAGUUUGAGUGUUUGAAACAUGUUCAGGGUUAGAUUUGAACUAAUUAUAUACACUUUAUUUAUUUAUUUGUAUUUAUUAACUAAUGGGAACUGGGAGGUAGUGUUUUUUUUUCUCCAGAUGUACAACACCUGGUUCACACUUUCCUCCCAGUUCCAUUAGAUCAACAGUUUGUGGAUCAAUCCAAGUGUAACACGGAAGUUAUUUAUUUGUAUAAAAUGACUCCAUCUUAGUGUGAAACGUAAAAGAAAUGGGAGGAACUAAGCCUUGCCUUAUACUGGCAGGUUGUGUGUGUUAUACUUCAACAUUCAGAGGAAUUUAACCAAGUUUGUUGGUCUUGUGAAUUUUAAGAUUGAGAGAUGAGAAGAAAGUUUUGGGCACAGAAUGAGAAGAGCCUCUCCACUUCCACUUGCUUUAUUGAAAAUGGUGAUUAGCAGUUAUACAGUACAUUUUUUUUCUUUUUCUUUUUUCUUCACGAGACACAUACGCAAUACGAAAAUACAUGGAGCGACAUCAUAAGAAAUCUGUGAGUUAAAGAAACGUACUGCUGAGCACAUGAAGCCCAGUCAAGUUAUGUUGACUCAUCUUCAUCUUCAACUUUUGUUCCUCAUCAAAUUGAAAACAUAGGAAUCAUCAACCCUCUUCCUCAGUCCACAACGUUGAUUGGACAUUUGUUUGGAAGUUUAGUUCAGACUACCUUCAGAAACAAGUUUAUCUUGUUUAGAGUUUCCCAGUUUCUUCUACUGGAGUUCAAUUUGAGCAUCUGGGGCCUCGUCACCUUAUCGAAGGUCACCUGGGGAUACAAACAAUUCAACUUGCACGAGCGGACAUUCCAGCUGCUGGCCCAUUUUGACGCGCACACACACACACACACACACACAGAGAGAGUGCAGGAGGGAAGUAGACGAAAAGUCAGAGUUGGUUCAGGGGAUGUUUGACCAGUGUUUAUGGGGAUAGAGCAGGUCUUAAUAUAUGGCUGGAAAUAAGAUACAUUUUGUAUUGCCAAAGAUAUAUGUGCAUUUUGCCUUGUAUUUGUCGAUUGUUUGAUUAAAACUUGUUUUGAACUUAA